CAAAUCUUUGGAUAGAUACCCACAUUCCUAAACCAUGAAAUUUGAGAUCCUCUCUCUAACACCUUCUUCAAGAUUUCAACUUUUUCUCUGUCUCUAAAUCUCUUUCAUUGUCUUUAUUUGAUCUUCUGAAGCUAUUACUCUGAAAAAAUGGCUGUGGCUAUGACUGCUUGGAGUCAUGGACCUCACCUCAGUGCUUCUGAUAAUGGCUUGAAAGCUUUGGAAAAAACCCUGUGCUGUGCCCCUAUCUUGAAGGCCUCUUCUAGGUUUGCUGCUGCUGCUAAGCCAUGCCACCUCAUUCACAAAGGAAGAUUGUCAUCUUCUGGAACUACAUUUAUCCCUCGAGCAGCACCUGUUGCUGAUGUGGAGGAUGGAAAUCAAGGUGAGACUGAUACCAUUCCAACCCCCAUAGUUAUAAUUGACCAAGACUCUGAUCCAGAUGCAACUGUGGUGGAGAUAACUUUUGGUGAUAGGCUCGGGGCUCUUCUUGACACAAUGAACGCAUUAAAAAGCUUAGGUCUCAAUGUUGUUAAGGCAAAUGUCUUUUUGGACUCCUCUGGCAAGCACAACAAGUUUGCCAUCACAAAAGCUGAUACUGGCAGAAAAGUUGAAGAGCCGGAGUUGUUAGAGGCAAUUCGUUUGACAAUUAUAAAUAAUCUGCUUCAGUAUCACCCGGAAUCAAGUUCUCUGUUAGCAAUGGGAGCAGCUUUUGGACUUCUACCUCCAAAAGAGCAGGUUGAUGUGGACAUAGCAACCCACAUAAGCAUUUCUGAUGAUGGCCCAGAUAGAAGUUUGCUGUAUGUGGAGGCAGCUGAUAGGCCUGGAUUACUGGUAGAUCUUGUAAAGAUUAUUACUGACAUUGACAUUGCUGUCGAAUCUGGAGAAUUUGAUACUGAGGGGCUGUUGGCUAAGGCGAAGUUCCAUGUUAGCUACAAGGGUAAAGCAAUCAUCAAGCCUCUCCAGCAGGUUCUUGCUAACAGCUUAAGAUAUUUUUUGAGGCGUCCGACAACUGAGGAAUCUAGUUUUUGAGAGAAAUCUCUUUCAACUAAGUGCAGGACAUUGUAUUUUCGUUCGAAAUAUAAAUAUCAUUGGAAUUCUAGAAUGUUUGUGUUCAUUGUAUCAUUCGGAGGAUAGAUGAGGAAUAUAGUUAACAGAUAACUGGAAUGCAUUAUAUCAUAAAAUUGAAUUAACGAGGAUAUGAUUGUAAACUUCCUGUUGUCAAUUGCUUAUAUGAAAUUGUUUUUAAGUUCAAA